UUUAAGUGAUAGUGGUAACAAAAUGUCGCUAAAGAUUUUGAUUAUCGUGUUUUUGGCCAGUGGAUAUGUGAUUCUAAGUGCUUGGGCGUUGGAUGUCCAGAAUAAAGUGGACUCGGCUAAUGAUCGGGAUAACGGAAUAUUGGAUAAACGUGAUCUUAAGAGCGACGCCACCCUGGCCAAAUUUCUAGACCCGCCUCCAGAGUACUAUAGAGGCCCACCGGGAUCAGUGUCAAGCUCAUCGUACGGCAGCGAAAGGGAUCGAAUCCGAGACCGGGAUGGCUACGUUGUAGGAUUACAGCGUCCACCGUAUGGAGGAAGCAGUGGGUCGGGUUAUGACAGCCGCUUCUCACCCCCACGGACGACUCCAGCCCCAUACGGUGUUGGAAAUCGAUAUGGAGGAUUCCAAGAUAGAAUUGGUAUUACAUUGCACAAUUUAUAGAUGCAUUAUGAUAUC